UAUAGAGGACUGCAAAGGGAUAGAUUCGAUUUUCACUCCGACCUUAUCGCUGGACAGAUGGCUUCUCUCUAACUGUUAACUGACUUGAACAGCGAGUAAGAUACGUUAUUUUAAAUUUAACGUAGGCUACACCAGAUGUGUUUUUAUCAUCUGACUGAACAAACUUUAACUCGUCUGGCUUAGGCUAUACAGCUUUUAGCGUCGCACUGUGAAGAGUGUUGUCCUCCGUCGUUGUGGGGUUCAUUCGAGGAAACACUACAACGUUGUCGCCACUUUUCUGAUACGAGACGCGAGCCAUGGCCGCCCUCCUGACAGUCCUCUUCUGCCUCCUCAAAGUGCUGACCUUGGCCGCAGAGCAGCAGUCCCACUCACAUCAAGGUAAAGAUCUCACCAGAAUACGCCCCAAUUUCAAGGCCUGCAUCUCUCGGAAUAUGGAGACUUUCCAUUGCAAAUGGAAUGUCGGAACAAUCCAGAACCUCUCAGAGCUGGGGGACCUUCGCAUGGUGUACAUGAAAAAAAAUGCAUCUCCCAAAGUGUGGAGCGAGUGUCCAGACUACAGCUCGGACACGCGGGAUGAGUGCUACUUCAGUGAGGAGCACACUUCAGUCUGGAUCCCCUACAUCCUCCGGCUGUGCUCGCGUGACCCGGAGGACUUCUACGAUGAGCUCAUCUUCAGUGUGGAAGACAUAGUGCACCCUGAUCCUCCGGUGGGACUGAACUGGACGCUGCUCAAUGUGGGCCUGACUGGGACGCACUUCGACGCCCUGGUCAGGUGGGUGCCGCCGGCCUCGGCAGACGUGCUGAUGGGCUGGAUGAAGCUGCAGUACGAGCUGCAGCACCGAGAAGUCAACGCCUCGCUAUGGAAGGCGGGGGGCCUGGAUAAGGAAACGCAAAUUUCGCUGUUUGGGCUGAAGACCAAUGUGGACUACGAGAUCCGGGUGAGGUGUAAGAUGCAAGCAUCAAGAAACUUUGGAGAAUUCAGCGAUUCCAUUUUCAUCCGCGUUCCUGCGGAAGAGUCUAGGUUUCCUAUUGCCAUCCUGCUUGUGUUUGCCUCCUUGUUUCUAGUGGCCAUCUUAAUGCUGGUCAUUGUCUCGCAGCAACAAAAAUUGAUGAUCGUUUUCCUGCCUCCAGUUCCUGGACCGAAAAUCAGAGGGAUCGAUCCAGAACUCUUAAAGAAAGGCAAACUGGCAGAACUGACCUCCAUCUUGGGUGGCCACCCUGACUUGAGGCCAGAGCUGUACAGCAAUGACCCUUGGGUGGAGUUCAUUGAGCUGGACAUCGAGGACCCCAACGACCGCAUCAUAAACCUCGACACGGAGUGUCUGGUGGACCGCUCGCCGCCCUCCGACUGCCAGCCUCUCUCCAUCGGCUUCAGGGAUGAUGACUCGGGCCGCGCCAGCUGCUGUGACCCGGACCUGCCCGACCAGGACGCCUCGUCCUUCCACCCCCCACCCUCCAACACCAACCCCAGCUUGGAGCACCCUGACCCGGCCACGACUGAGCACAGCUCCCCCUCCCUGGUCCCCGCCACCUCGUGGUUCUCCUGGGCGGUCCCAGGCAGAGAAGACCUCUACGCCCAGGUCAGUGAAGUGAGGCCGUCUGGGGAGGUGGUGCUGGCGCCGGAGGAGCAGAGACAGGCAGAGGAGACCCCAGAGAAAGACUUGGAAGUAAAAGACGAGAAGGAAGAGCAAAAGAAGAAGAAGGCGAGGAAAGAGUUUCAGCUGCUUAUGGUGAACCCUGACAGGCAUGGCUACACUUCAGAGUUGGAUGCUGGGAAAUUGAGUUCCAAGGAGUCGGAAUCCAGUGAGGCUCCAGUGAGGGAGGAAUAUAGCUUUCUGCAGAGCCCUUAUCUUGAGGCAGAGAUCCCCCCUGUUUUGCCUGCUACCCCCACCUCCCCUGCACCCUCCCCUUCUGUUUACACAAGAGUGGAGGGAGUUGACACUAAGAACAGCCUUAUUCUGCAGCCCCGCCCCCUAGCUGCCUCCCAGCCAAUCCAGACCAAGCCCAUGCCCACACCAGAAGGCUAUCUGACUCCUGAACUAUUGGGUAACAUUACACCGUAACUCCAACCCUGUCAAUAGUUAUUGGCAUGAAAAGUCAGUGCCAGGGUGCAAGAUAUCAUGUUCCUCUGGAGUUAGUCAGUGGAUGUCCUCCCUUGACCUUUACCCCAUUCCAACCUCAGCAACAUGACUGCUGUUCCAGGAUUGCAGUUUAGUUUGAAGGGAGUAGAGCAGUCAAUCUCAGAGCUCCCUGAACUCUGAAUUCAAGAGUUCGACAAACAAGACAAUACAGGGACAUUACCAGAGGGGACUCCCAUUCAGGGACAUUUUCACUGAACCUGGCCAUGUAAAACAUGACUGAAUACAAAAAUGAAACGGGAUAAAGAAACAAGUUUUCUACUCGAAGGAUACCUAUUACUUUGUUAGUGUUUCUGAUGUUGUUUACAAUUAUACAAACAAUGGUUGAGAUUGAUGGAACUGUGAAGAGAAUGUGUGGAUCAGAGCCUAGGAAGCCUACCAUAUUAUGUUCUGAGGACUCAAUUGUGGGGCUUAAUGAAGUUUCAUUCCAAAACAUUUUAUCCACACAGUAUUGCCUCUGAAAUUGCCUCAGAUAUAUAGGCUCUCCUUAAAUAAAAACAUUUACAAUGAG